AUGGCAGCGUUUAUCAGCGUUGGCUUUCAAAACUGUUUCAUCUUCAUCCUCUUAUGUUUCUUCUCACUCCUCUGUUACUAUCUCUUUUUCAAGAAACCAAGCGGGUCAAGCCGUGGUGGCUUUGAUCUGCCACCGAGUCCUCCCUCUCUUCCGAUCAUCGGUCAUCUUCACCUUCUCCUCUCUGUUCUAAUCCACAGAUCUUUACAGAAACUCUCCUCCAAGUACGGACCUAUUCUCUAUCUCCGCGUCUUCAGUUUCCCUGUAGUCCUCGUCUCCUCAGCCUCAGUUGCUUAUGAGAUCUUCAGGACUCACGACGUGAAUAAUUCGUAUCGUGGCUUCACUCCGACCGAUGAUGCCCUUUUUGCCGGAGCUUUCAGCUUCAUCUCCGCUCCCUAUGGAGAUUACUGGAAGUUCAUGAAGAAGGUCCUGGUAACAAACUUUCUUGGACCUCAAGCGCACGAGAGGUCACGUGGUGUCCGUGCAGAUGAGCUAGAGCGGUUUUAUAUGAACCUGUUCGACAAGGCCAUGAAGAAGGAGAUCGUGGAGAUCAGUAAUGAAACGUUGACGCUCACUAACUACACCAUCAGCAAGAUGAUCAUGGGGAGGAGUUGUUCAGAAGAGAGUUUCAAGGCUUUGGCUACCGAGUUAGAUGUUUUGACAAAGAAGCUUUUCUUUGCAAACACGUUGCGUGCGGGGUUUAAGAAGCUUGUUGUCUCACUGUUUAGUAAGGAAACAAAGGUAGUUUCCGACAGAUUCAGUGAGCUGCUGGAAAGGAUUCUUGUGGAACACGAAAAGAAACUAGACGAGCAUCAUCAAGGUACGGACUUGAUGGACGCGUUGUUGGAAGCUCAUCGUAAUGAAAAUGCAGAGUAUAUGAUCACAAGGAACCAUAUCAAGUCGGUUAUCGCGGAUCUUUUAUUUGCAGGUACUGAUAACUCGGUGAAAACAACACAGUGGGCAAUGGCAGAGAUCAUAAAAAACCGUAACGUUCUUGAGAGACUGAGAGGAGAAAUCGAUUGCGUGGUAGGAAAAACGAGGUUGAUUCAAGAAACUGAUUUACCAAACCUCCCUUAUUUGCAAGCGGUGGUUAAAGAAACGAUAAGACUGCACCCGCCUGGUCCUUUCUUUGUAAGGUUCUCUAAAGAAGGGUGUAUGAUCGGAGGGUUUUACGUACCGGAGGAGACAUCACUUGUUGUAAAUGCUUAUGUUGUGAUGAGAGAUCCUGAUACUUGGGAAGAUCCUCUUGUGUUUAAGCCAGAUAGGUUUUUAUCAUCUGCUUCGAGAUCAGAGCAAGAGGAGGAGAGAAGAGAGAAGGCGAUUAAGUUCAUUCCUUUUGGAAGCGGGAGGAGAAGCUGCCCUGGAGAGAAUCUAGCUUAUGUCAUUAUGGGAACUGCAAUUGGAGUGAUGGUGCAGGGAUUUGAGUGGAGAAUCAAUGAUGAGAAAAUCAACAUGGAAGAGACUGUUGUAGGACUGAGUUUGACCAUGGCUCAUCCUCUUAAGAUCACUCCUCUUUCUCGAUCCUCAAACCCUUUAACUUCGAAUCGCUGUCAGUGAACGAACAAGGACGCUUGCUCUGCUUUGUAUGUUUUUCCGUGUUCAGUUUCCCGGUUUUUUUUUUGGUUUAGUUUAGUUUAUUAUGUGAAACCGUAAAUAAUUGUGUACAGCUCUUCGGUUUAAGUCAUAUAUCGGUUCAUAUUCACCGACCUCACUGGUUCAAUCAAUUUCUGAUGUUGUUCUGUCUCAGUAUCAGGCGAUAGAUUUGAGAAAAGUUUUUGAUCUCUGCUUUAUGUGAGACUCUGUGACGUUGAUUGCCCAGAAGGAAGAAAGGUUCAAAUGUGAAGGGAUUUGUAAUUUGAUGAAAGGGCUUUUUUUUUUUUUUUUUACGGAGUAUAUAUAUUGGGGUGAUGAAGAAAAAUACAGAGAUUUCAAGUAGUCUUUAUGGUGGGUUGGUCUUGGGGAGCGUAGUGUUCUCUAGAACAAGUCGUUAAGCAUUGUGAUAUUUUAUGUAUUGUGCGUUUCGAUUUUGUGAGAUCAAAAAAAGGAAGAGAUUGAAAAUUCUGGGCUUAUCUAUUCAAUUAUAAGCAUUGUGUAUUGAUUCAUAAAUUUUUCUUCUUUC